UUGGACGAUCAGUUGGACGAUCAGUUGGUCGACCAGUUGGACGAUCAGUUGGUCGAUCAGUUGGUCGAUCAGUUGGUCGACCAGUUGGACGAUCAGUUGGUCGAUCAGUUGGUCGAUCAGUUGGUCGACCAGUUGGUCGACCAGUUGGACGAUCAGUUGGUCGAUCAGUUGGUCGACCAGUUGGACGAUCAGUUGGUCGACCAGUUGGACGAUCAGUUGGACAAUCAGUUGGUCGAUCAGUUGGUCGAUCAGUUGGUCGAUCAGUUGGUCGAUCAGUUGGUCGAUCAGUUGGUCGAUCAGUUGGUCGAUCAGUUGGUCGAUCAGUUGGUCGAUCAGUUGGACGAUCAGUAG